AGCGUUUCACAUUUACGCCAUUUUCUGUUGUCAAUGUUUAACUGACCUAGUAGGUUAGUUACUUCUCGGUGAUUUUGAGACUUAAACGUACUCUGCUUAAUCAUGGGAAGGAAAAAGAAGAAGCAAAUGAAGCCAUGGUGUUGGUAUUGUAAUAGGGAUUUUGAUGAUGAAAAGAUUCUCAUUCAGCAUCAAAAAGCGAAACACUUCAAAUGUCACAUAUGUCAUAAGAAGCUGUACACUGGUCCAGGCCUGGCCAUCCAUUGUAUGCAGGUUCACAAAGAAACUAUUGAUGGUGUUCCCAACGCAAUACCUGGGAGAACAGACAUAGAACUGGAAAUUUAUGGAAUGGAGGGUAUUCCAGAGAAGGAUAUGGAAGAAAGGAGACGUGUGCUUGAGCAAAAAACACAGGAAAACCAGAAAAAAAAGCAGAACCAGGAUGAUUCAGAUGAGGAGGAGGAUGAUGAAGAGGCAGGGCCCUCAUUCCAGCAGCCAGCAGCACAACCCCAGGCUGCUUAUGCUCCAAUGACACAGCCUGGUAUGGCCCCAGUUCCAGCACCAGGGAUACCACCUGGGACCUACUCGGGAAUGCCUCCGAUGAUGCCUGGCGUGCCUCCUAUGAUGCCAGGGAUGCCACCGGUCAUGCCUGGAAUGCCACCCGGUAUGAUGGCAAUGGGUGGGAUGAUGCCGCCUGGACCAGGAAUGCCUCCGAUGAUGCCAGGCAUGCCACCAGGCAUGCCUCCUCCUAUGGGUCAUCGUCCGGGGGUGAACCACCUGCCUCAGGCUCCUGCAGCCACAGCCCCAGGCAUAAUGCCCCGAGCAGCCACACCUGCAGCCACAGUGGCCACCCCACAGCCUGCUGUAACCAAGCCCUUGUUCCCCAGUGCAGGACAGAUGGGGACUCGAGCUCCCAGCACUAGCUCAGCCUCCUCCGGUGUGGACACUUUGUCAGCACCCUCUAAACCGCUGUCGCAAGCUCAGCAGGGUGUGUCGGGGGCAGUAGCGGGCCCUUCUGCCCCGUCCUCUGCUGCUCCCAAAGCCACAUUCCCAGCCUACAGCCAGCCCACGGCCCCUGCUGCCAACACUGGCAGCACCGUGGCCAAACCUGCCACCCCUGUCACAAGUAAGCCUGCCACCCUCACCACUACCAGUGCAAGCAGUAAGUUGAUGCACCCUGAUGAGGAUAUAUCUCUGGAGGAGCUACGCGCUCAGCUCUCUCGCUAUCAGUGUAAGCUAGCGAGUACAGGGCAAGCCCACAUCAGCGCCCCUGCCGUCGGAACACUGGGUGCUGUGGUGCCACCUCAGCAAGGCGUUCCAUCACAGCAGCCAGCAGUCAGGCAUUCCGUGCAUGGGCCAUAUGGCGCCCCACCACAAGCAGUACCUGGAUAUGUGCCAGGUGGGAUGCCUCCAUAUGGCCAAGGCCCCCCUAUGGUUCCUCCUUACCAGGGAGCCCCUCCAAGGCCACCAAUGGCCAUGAGACCUCCUGUAAUGUCCCAGGGAGGCCGAUAUUGAAGCUCCACUGCUGGUCUUCAAUAGGUUUGGUGAUUCAACCAUUUUCUCAUCUAGUGGUGUUGUUAAAAAAAGCCAAAUCAUUAAGAAUAAUUUUAUUCAGCUCGUCUAAUGAGGAAACGAAAAAAACAACUCGUUUACGCAUGGGACUUUCGAUUUUGGAUAAGGGUUUUUAUUUGGACCUGUGAGAUGUUGCCGGUUAUACAGUGUGGCUUUUUUUCCUCCCCUUAUGUUCCGUUUAGGUUUUUAGAAGUGAAGUUUAGUAAGUAUGGUUCGUAAUAAUUUGAAGCGGCUGGAGUAACGUGAACAGUACAGCACCUUUUAUCAAGGCAAGUCUUUGUAAAUAUACUACUGUACUAAACGAGUGAGGCCUUCACAGCACCUUUAGGUGCUGUUGGACUUCAUGUCCCCAGCUUUGCUUGGUGAGGGCUUCAGUUAGCAAGCACUGUUUUUGUUUGCCUGCUUAUCGUCAUCUGCAUAGGAAAUCUCACAAAUAGGUUAUGUGAACCAUCUCUGUAUUGUGAUUAUGCAAAUUGUAAUAAACUAUGUUGAAAACUUAA